AUGACGAGUUCUCUAGAAAACAAUAGUGCAACUGGUACGCGGUCGGAUGAUGGUGUGGCCGAGUUCGAUGCCAUCGUCGUUGGGGCCGGCGUUACCGGGUUGUAUUCGCUGUACCGCUUGCGGGAGCUGGGGUUCUCGGUUCAGGCGUUCGAGGAUGGCACCGGCGUCGGCGGCACCUGGUACUGGAACCGAUAUCCAGGGGCGCGGUUCGACUCUGAGAGUUAUACCUACGGAUACUCCUUCUCCGAAGAUCUCCUGCAAGAGUGGGACUGGAAAGAACUGUAUUCCGGCCAGCCGGAGAAUGAGCGCUACCUGAAUUACGUGGCGGACAAAUUUGACCUGCGCCGGAACAUCCGGUUGAACUCUCGCGUGGUGUCGGCCGUAUUCGAUGAGGAUGAUAACCGCUGGGAAGUGGAGAUUGCGGACGGCUACCGGGCGCGUGCCCAAUUCCUGAUUACAGCGGUGGGCAUUCUGUCCGCGCACUACAUUCCGGAUUUUGAAGGAAUCGACAGCUUCGAAGGGCAGUGGUGCCACACCGGUCGCUGGCCGGCAGAAGGGAUGGACCUGGCCGGCAAGCGCGUCGGCGUUGUCGGUACUGGCGCAACCGGCGUACAGCUCAUCACGGAAAUUGCCAAGGAAGUCGCACAUCUGACCGUGUUCCAGCGUACCGCCAACUACUGCGCGCCGCUGCGCAACCGCCUCAUCGACGACCAGAUGCAGCAGGAAAUCAAGGCGAGUUACCCGGAGAUUUUCGAGAAAUGUCUGGAAACCCCCGGGUCGUUUAUGCACCAGUUCGACCCACGAUCCGGCCUGGACGUUCCGCCCGAGGAACGGAUGGAUCAAUACGAAGCUCUAUGGGCGGAACCCGGUUUCAAGGAAUGGCUGAGUAAUUUCUACGACGUGAUGUUGCCCGGCGAGGCCAACGAGGACUACGCGGAGUUUGGGCGCAACAAGAUCCGCGAACGGGUGCAUGACCCGGAAGUUGCCGAAAUGUUGGUGCCCAAAGAUCACAUGUUUGGCUCCAAGCGCUUGCCGUGUGAGAGCGGUUAUUACGAGGUGUACAACCAGGACAACGUCCUGCUGGUUGACGUGCGGGAAGCUCCCAUCGAGCGUAUUACGCCCAAAGGCCUCAAAACCGCCGCCGCCGAGUACGAGCUGGAUGUGAUUAUAUUCGCCACCGGCUACGACGCGGUUACCGGCUCCCUGAACCGGAUGCGCAUCCAGGGUCUGGGCGGGGAGACGCUGCAGGAAAAAUUCGCCAAUGGCCCGCGUGCCUACAUGGGAAUUUCCAGCUCCGGCUUUCCAAACCUGUUUACCGUCAAUGCCGCCUCGGUGGGCAACUUCGUGCGCGCUGCCGAGCCACUGGUGGAUUGGGUGACCGAGUGCAUCGACUAUGUGCGCAACAAAGGGUAUGCCCGGGUUGCCGCCACGCCCACUGCGGAAGAGGAAUGGGUGCAGCACGUUUGCGAGGGCGGCGCUAAAAUUCUGCGGACGCAGGCCAAUUCCUGGUUCGUGGGCGCAAACAUCCCUGGCAAGGCGCGGGUAUUGCUGACUGCUCCCGACAGCGCUCCGGCCAUGAGAGCCAAGCGUGCCGAGGUUGUGGCCAACGGCUACGAAGGAUUCGCGAUGGAGUAG